GUCCGUGCUUGGGUGUGUAUCUUUUUCGUUCGUUAAUAAAUAUCAAUAAAUACACGGAAAUACAAAUCAUUUACUAUUUUGCUGUGACUCUGCGCGCCUUCUUAAGCUUCAUCCAAAAACCAUCACCACCUACCCUAUAUCCAGAACUUAGGGCAUUUAAUAACAAUUAAACACAAGAGCCACCACUACUACCACAAGCACAACAAACACACGCACACACAUUUUCUGUAUUUGCAUAUAGUAUCACUGAGAAAAUUUUCAACCAUAGGCCUAUCCGAGACCGCCGUCAUGGACGUAAUGUCAUCAUCACUACAACAACAACGCAUUGUUGUUGAUCAGCUUCGUCGCGAGGCUGGCAUCGAUCGCCAAACUGUAUCGGAAUCCUGCUCCAAAAUGAUGAAAUACAUAUCGGAGCAUGAGCAGGAGGAUUAUCUUUUGAAUGGCUUCACCAGUCAGAAGGUAAAUCCAUUCCGCGAAAAGUCCUCGUGCACCGUUCUUUAAAAAGUCGUUAUUGGAGAUGGCGUGCAUACACAUACAUAUGCGCAAUGUGGAUUCCGUGUUGUUUUAACUUAAUGAAAUAUCAUCAAAUAUGAAAUAGGCAAUGAGUGCUAAAUAUUAGAACAUAAAACAGCUAUCAAGACCACCAGUUCUAUUUUUCUGUACGCAAAACCAUUUUGCAAAAUUGUAAACAAAUAUCACGAAGAACUACAAUAUAUAUAUAUAUAUAUAAAUAAAUAUCGAAAUCUGUAACGCAAUCCUUGAAAAUACAAAACAUACUUAUUGACAUAUUCCCUAAAAAAUGAAAAUGAAAAUACAAAAUCAUAGGCAUUUAGUUGAAAAUGUACAUCAACAAUUUUGAUUUGCAAUUGUGGGGAACUUUAAAUAAUACGAAUAUCCCAACUAUUGCAACAAAUACAAACAACUACAAAGCGAACUACAGCAACAACUACCUACAAGAUAAAACACUCACAUAUAUAUGAAAUCUAUAUAUCAACGAACAUGCAAAUAUAAAUACAGACAAAUAUAUUUAUUUAUUAAAAAAGAAGGAAAAAAACGAAAAUAAAAAAAUCCCAAAUAAAAGUAUGUGUCUUGCCCACUUAUUUCACAAAAAAAAAACCUUUCCUUGUAUGUAACGCGUUGAUGCGGAUGAAAUGAUGAAAAAAUAUAUAGCAAGCAAAUAUUAGCACGAAACAAAAUUUUAAAACAUGGAAUGAAACUAUUAAAAUAUUAAAAUAAUUCAAAUAUAUAUUGCAUACAUUAUCGAAUUACUUUAAAAGCUUUAAAAAUCAAAUAACAAAUGUUAAAACCUACAGCAAACAAGUUUAACUUAUUGAAUAUUUUAGUGCGUUUAUUAAAAAGUUUUUAUUAGUAAAUUAUACACAAAUAUAUAUUUAAAUACCGUUGCAGUAACGCAACAAGCAUAUUGCUAAAUGUUACAAAAAUGCAAACAAUUAUGAAAACCUAAUGUAGUUUCGUCCUUUUAAUUGAAAAAAGUUACAUCGUAGAAACGAUGCCAAUCA